AUGCUCCGACCAGUGCACGCUGUCAGUGAUGGAGGGGCUGCUCUCUCGGUCAAAUGGGGCGUUGGAGAGACGGAUGUGAAGCGGGAGGGGGGAAUGAAGGAUGGAAAAAGCCCGCUGCAGCACAGCCAGUGUUUGGACCAGCGCACGCUGUCGGCGCCAGCAGAGCAAUUGGAGAAAGCAGCAGAGCAGUUGGAGGUGGCAGACGAGCGGUUGGAGGUGGCAGACGAGCGGUUGGAGGUGGCAGACGAGCGGUUGGAGGUGGCAGACGAGCGGUUGGAGGUGGCAGACGAGCGGUUGGAGGUGGCAGACGAGCGGUUGGAGGUGGCAGACGAGCGGUUGGAGGUGGCAGACGAGCGGUUGGAGGUGGCAGACGAGCGGUUGGAGGUGGCAGACGAGCGGUUGGAGGUGGCAGACAAGCGGUUGGAGGUGGCAGACGAGCGGUUGGAGGUGGCAGACGAGCGGUUGGAGGUGGCAGACGAGCGGUUGGAGGCAGCAGCAUAG